UGACGACCCAACCAAUCAACGACGAAACUACCAAUUCAGAAGUUAGUGACGCCGAGAUCGCCUCACGUCAUUAGACGUCAUGACAUGAACCAUCAAUGUUAUUCAAAUUAGAUUUCAAUGCGCAUACGGAUGGCCGUAUGGUAUAGGCAAUUAAGACUACUGCUUUGGGACGUCCAGGAUUCAAUUUGAACGAGUAAACCGAGUAAACCCCAGGAAUUUUUCAUAGGUCCCUGUUGAUUAUUUCAUGGCCUCACCAUCCAGUCGCUCCUUAGGGCUUGAUCGAACUUGAUGUACAGUACAUGGAAAAAGGCUCUCUCGGUGCCCACAAAGACUAAGUCAAAAAUUUUUUAAAAUAUCCCCAAAUCAAUCAAUCACUCUUUCUUGUAUUUAGCAAUAGCCCAUUCACAAGGAGAGAUUAAUGGAUGCAUGGAAAAGGAACAUUUUUCUUUUCAACUGGAACAAAGUAUGUUGGAGAGAUAAAAGAUGGACUUUUUCAUGGAGAAGGUAAAAUGAUUUUAAGUGAUGGUGAUGUAUACGAAGGAAUUUGGGAAAAUGGAGUAAAUAUUUCGGGUCGUUAUGUGUUCAGAGAUGGUCUUGUUUAUCAAGAAAAAGAUUGGACUUAUUGUAGAUAUCCAGAUCGAAGAUUUCAAUCUGAAAUUUUAUUUGGAUGGCAACGUGGAGAAACAACAUAUCUGAGAAAACGCAAAGAAAAUAGAGUCGAUUUGUUAUUAGGAUGCAUACCCACUGAAGAAUUUAUUUAUAAUCCAAAUACGAGAGAAGUAGUGGAUCAUUCCGGAAAAUUUUUACGUUAUGCAGAUGAUGAGGAACACAAAUUUAUUGUUAUGACGAAUAAAAGAUUAGAUAUGAACGCUGUAUAUCCGUGGGAAGAUGAAAAGGAAUCCGACGAUGAUGAUAUAUUUAUAAAUUUUGAAUGUGAAGAAGAAGAAAUGGUAGAAGAGGAAAUCGAAGAAACGCCUAUUCUUAAAGAAGAAAAAAAAUUACCACCAAAGAAAAUAAAGCUGCAGUCUUUCAAAUCAAUAUUUAAAAAACGAAAGAAGUAAUUUCAUACUUUUAACUGAAUUUAAAAUCAAAAGCUUUAACAAACUAAAUGAGAAAUUAUUAUUUAGUAAAUAAAUGAAUAAAAUUUUAUUUGCAAAAAAAUUUCGUUGGGCAUGUUUUUGAUGCAUUCCUUUUCCAAGCAGGUUUUUCAAAUUAUGCUGUAAUGUGUGGCAAU